AGAGAGAGAGAGAGAGAGAGUUCUCAAGUAGGGAGGGAUUUAGCCCGCUUCAAAGAACAUGCCUGGAAGUUUAGGGAAAAGUUCCAGGUAUUACCGGCAAAUCGAUGAGUUUUACCAUUGCUACGUGUGUUUGUAAGAUACUGAACAAAAUGGCACUGGAAACGGGAUGUUUCGCUCAGGUGAGGUGGUCAUCAGAGGGAGAUGACUGCCAACAAGAGCUCCAAGGCUGCACCGAGAGCAGGAGGGGCUAAAGGCCCUCAGGAAAACUCAGACAGGUGUCAAUCUGCAUCCCCACUUACAAUUCUUUCUACUGGAAAAGAGUCAGGUUCCUCUCACUUCAUUGGAAGUGAGGACGCCAGACAGCAGGGAAGGUACACUAAAGCUGCCCCUAAAAUCUGGACUCAAAAGAACUGGAGCUGUAAGACCGCAAGUCUGCGAAGUGGAUCAUCGCUCUCCGCUGACUUUGAAUCUCAAAGCAGGCUCACCAAAUCCAGGAGCAUUGCCUGUCUGGACAAGAGGCUCACCAUCCAUAAGCCAUCAAGUGGAGAUAACCAGGUGCAAAAAGAGAACCAUCUAGAGCAGCCCCCAUCUGUGGGGGAUGGACUAAAUACUGGGACCCUUAGUUGGAGUACAUUUUCCAUCGGACCUACCACUAAUCUUGGGCACAAGCGCACACUCUCACUCAGCCUUACUGGCACCUGCACUUCAUCCGUCACCAUACGUAAAAAGAUCUCCGAAUGGGAGGGUCGGAAGGUGGCUCUGCCUAGGAUGAGCCUUUGCCUUGAGAAGAGGCCCGGAGGUGGGAGUGAGGGUUGCCCAGGCCUGCUGUCCUCACCUUGCAGCGAAAAGAUCUUUGACUUUAAAGGUGUAAGGAGAAUGAGCACAGCAUUUUCAGAGUGCUCCUACCCAGAGACUGAGGAAGAUGAGCAUGCAUCAGAUAAAGAAGCUCCUGUAAGAUUCCAGAAGAGGCCUUCAAAGGCUGAAUCCUCAGAAAUUUUCCUGCGAACACUCUCUGCACGCAAGGAGACCUCAGCCGUGCUCAGCCAGAUACAAAAGAUUGAACAGGUCUUGAAGGAAAGUCCCUCUCAGUCCCCACCACAGUAUCUUAGCAAUUGCUAUGGACUUGACAAGUCCAGACAGAAGUCUUUCACUGUAGGUGGGAUUGAGGACUUGGACAGCACUUGUGGCAGCAAGCGGAGCAGCAUCUGCUCUGUGGCCACUGAGCCUGAAGCUUCUCCAGGUUCUGACAGACUCUCUAAGUUCAAGCAGAGGUUCAGUAUCAGCUCUACCAGAUCUGAGAGCCCAGAGCUCCCUUCUGCACAGGACUCUUCUGGAACCACAGUGAACCCUUUCCCUAAGCCCAAACGAACAUUUGAGUAUGAUGCCAAACGGAACCAUAGGGGUUUGUUGCCCAGCAAUGGACUACCUCCCACCACUGAAUCUCCCCCUCCACUUCCCUCUACCCCAGCACCAGCAAUAAUGCGAAAUUCCAAGACAGAUGAUUGCUUACCUAAGAAGACCGAAGAUAGAGAAUCUUGUGAGUCAGUAGAUACUGUUAGCCUGCCGUCCUCAUACCCAUCCUCACCCACAGAGAAUGGCACAGCCCCCACAGAGAACCACAGUCGGCCCAGCCCUAAGAGCGUACUUGAGGAGAAUGCCUAUGAGGACAUAGUAGAGAAAGAGAAUCCAUAUGAGGAUGUAGAUCCAGUGAGGAGAUGUCUGGCCAGAAAUUCCCGGCUGUUACCAGAGAGGUCUCGAGACUCGCUCAACAGGAUAUGGACCUCCCAGGACAGGAAGUCCAUUACACCUCCCCAGCUGCCAUCUAAUCCGAGCAGUCAGUCUCUGAAGCUGCCUGGUCCUGCUGACAAGAAGAGCCAGCACCUAUCCCGCCUGUCAAAGAGGCACAGCCAUGAUGACAUGCUGCUGCUGCCCCAGCUGGGCUUGCCUUCUUCCCCUUGUGGCCUAUUAGAUGACCGCCUGAGUUCAGCCGCUGAUACCUUGGCCUCCCACAGGCAGAAACGAGUUCCUAAGGUGGUGCAAAGAAUAAACUCAAUCUACUGUACAAAAAGAGGCAAGAAGAGACUAAAGAAGCUUUCACUUUCAAAUAUCGAAACAGCAUCUCUAAGAGAUGACAACAGCGAGAGUGAAAGUGACUCUGAUGACAGGUUCAAAGCCCACACUCAGAGGCUACUGAAGCUGCAAUCCAUGCUGCGACGCGCACCCAGUUACAGGACGCUGGAGCUGCAGUUGAUCGAGUGGCAGGAAAGGGAGCUCUUUGAGUCCUUUGUUGUGGUCUCACUGAAGAAAAAGCCCACCAAAAACUCUUUUACUCCAGAAGUCACCUACCAGUUCCCCAAGUUGGACAGACCCACCAAGCAGAUGAGAGAAGCUGAGCAGAGACUCAAAGCUAUCCCACAGUUCUGCUUCCCAGAUGCCAAAGACUGGAGCCCUGUGUCUGAAUACAACAGUGAGACCUUCUCUUUCAUGCUCACUGGAGAAGAUGGCAGUAGACGCUUUGGGUAUUGCAGACGGCUUCUGCCAAGUGGGAAAGGGCCUCGCCUUCCUGAAGUGUAUUGUGUCAUCAGCAGACUGGGCUGUUUCAACCUGUUCUCCAAGAUUCUUGAUGAAGUGGAAAGGAGGAGAGGGAUCUCAGCUGCUCUGGUGUACCCUUUUAUGAGGAGUGUGAUGGAAUCUCCUUUUCCAGCACCAGGCAAAACCAUAAAAGUCAAAACCUUCCUGCCAGGAGCAGGAAAUGAGGUGAUUGAGUUAAGGAGACCAAUGGACUCCAGACUAGAGCAUGUGGAUUUUGAAAGUCUGUUUAACUGUCUGAGCAUACGACAGGUGGUACGUGUUUUUGCCUCCCUGUUGCUGGAACGCAGGGUCAUCUUUGUGGCUGACAAGCUUAGUACUCUUUCCAGCUGUGUUAAUGCAGUGGUGGCUUUGCUCUACCCAUUCUCUUGGCAACACACCUUCAUCCCUGUACUUCCCACCUCCAUGGUGGACAUCGUUUGCUGUCCCACGCCUUUCCUAGUGGGUAUUCUGUCCAGUUCAGUGCCCAAACUGAAGGACCUACCAGUGGAGGAGGCUUUGAUGGUGGAUCUAGGCACAGACCGCUUCAUCCGGCAGAUGGAUGACGAGGCCUCUCUAUUACCACGCAAACUGCAAGCUGCUCUGGAGCAAGCUCUCGAACAGAGGAAUGACAUCAUCGAUCAAGACUCUGACAGUGAAUCGGAUGAUGAGUGCGCUACCACUUUGAACAGUGUGGUAUCAGAGGCCUUCAUCCGCUUCUUCCUGGAGACCAUUGGCCACUAUUCUUUGUUCCUCGCUCAGGGCGACAGGGGUGAGCGCAUCUUCCAGCGUGAAGCCUUCCGUAAAUCAGUGGCUUCUAAGAGCGUCCGUCGAUUCCUUGGUGUCUUCAUGGAGUCCCAGAUGUUUGCUGGAUUCAUCCAGGACAGAGAGAUGAGGAAAUGCAGGGCCAAAGGUCUGUUUGAGCAGAGGGUGGAACAGUAUCUGGAGGAGUUGCCGGACACUGAGCAGAGUGGAGUCAACAAAUUCUUAAAGGGUUUAGGGAAUAAAAUGAAGUUCCUUCAUAAAAAGAACUAAAAUUGUGAAGCCAAAAUCUAUGGACAUUUUCUACAAUUGCUAUUUCUGAAGACCUAACACUGCUAUGUCAUGUCUGUUAUGAAGUGCCAGUUACUUUGUCUCCAACAUACACAUUAUUUGUACAUAUUUAUGAAAGCUGUGCUGUUAAUCUCACAUAUAGCUCUGUUUUUUGGCUUCCCUGGUACCUUGUAUGACAGUAGAGUAAUAAUAGGAUGGUACUGAGCGUAUGAAUGGUUAUGUUGCAGUAUAGCCUCCACCCUAGAAAUAACUAUGUUGAGCUGGGUGAGAUGUAUGAAUGGAACUAAUGUGAGGUGGAUGUACAGUGGCUGUGUAGUAUUUAAUGCAAGAAUUUCUCCAUGAAUUAUAUUUUGUACAUUAACACAUGAAGAGUAUAUUACCUUAUUUACAGUGUUUUAAUAAAACAAAUCAAUAAAGCUUUUAUGUUAAUUUCUCAAGCUUGUUGAUAUCCCUAAAUAUGAGUACUGUAAUAAUGGACCUGAAUGUUUAGGAAAGUCAUCAUAGAAGCAGCCCAUUGCUUGCUGCGGCUAUUUAUUAAAUGGAGAUAUUACCGUCCUUUAGGUCUAGCAUAGGUCUGGUGUUUAAAAUAGUUAAACAAUGAAUCAUACACUGGGAAUUUUCUGAUACUUGACACAUUUUCUGCUAUAUUAAAGAAACAUUC